UGGAGAUAAGAACAAAAAUUACAGAAACUGUCAGUUAUUAGUCAAGAAAGAAGACUUUGUUUAACUUCCUGGCUUGUCACCAGAGAUAGCAAUCUGGUUUCCUGCCAAUCUCACUCACAGUAAGCAGGCUUCCUGUGGUCUGAUUAUAGAAGAGAGGGUAGUUUCCUGGGCCAGAGCUCCCUUUUUAGAUAUUGUCUGGCCAUUGUCUGAGUUGUAGAUUGUCCCUUGGGACCUCAAUUAACACCUCCCUGGAACCGGCUGACCGUGUUAAACCAUUCUUCAAAUCUACUCAGGGUCUCAGGAGCAUCGGAGACUCAACGUGUCCCAAACCUAACUUCUACUGUUUCCACUGAAAAUGCCUGCUGCAGCCACUUCCCUGCCCCCUCUCUCUGCAGAGGACUUGUUGAUACUUGUACCCAAGGAAGCAAACCACGGAGCAGGCCUCCUCUUCCUCACCCUCCACAUUAGACAACCUGGUCAGCCUGAUGUUUCUCAAAGAUACAGAACACACCUGCAGUUCUACCUGGUCUGGCCAGCAGGACUGUGGCAGAGGGUGCUCCUUGGCCGGCCUGCCUUCACCCUCACCCUACACUUGGCUUCCCCUCUGCAUCCACAGAGACGCUAAUAAGACUGCAGUCCUAUCACCUCCCUCCUCUGCUCUGAACCGGCCUCAGCACCCUGUGUCCUCAGAAGAGCAGCCCAGCUCCUCAGCCUGUGGUUGGGGGUGCUAUCUGGUCCCAGCAGAUACAACAGUCCCUGAGUUUCCGGAUCACUCCCAACGGGCUCCCGGCCUCAAGCAUCUCCACGCAUGUUCCUGUGCUCAGGAAACCCUCUCUCCCUCACCCUUCAGAGUUCACGGGUGGAAACCGCUCUACAGACUGUCCUGCCCACAGUCAGUACCCACGCGAGGAGUGACUCCUCCCAAGCACCCGAGUCAAGGCCACGAGACCGCAAAGGCGAAAGGGCAGGACUGUGUGACCUUUGAGGACGUGACCAUUUACUUCUCCCAGGAGGAGUGGGCACUGCUGGAUGAGGCACAGAGACUCCUGUACUGUGAUGUGAUGCUGGAGAACUUUACACUCAUAACCUCUCUGGGGCUGACAUCUUUCAGGUGCCAUGUCAUUGCCCAACUUGAGAUGAAGAGAGAACCCUGGGUGCCUGACAGAGUGGGUGUGACUUCAGCCAUCAGUAGAGGGGCUUUUGGCAGGCCUGGCUCUGAUUUUUGCUGUGGAACAGAGGGGAAGGAGCUACCUUCUGAGCAAAAUGUUUCUGUAAAAGAAAUAUCACAGGAUGAGAAUCCCAAGACAGCUCUGUCCAUGCAGAAGACCUACCCCUGUGACACAUUUGGCCCUCACUUAAAAGACAUUUUGUACCUGGUUGAAUACCAGGCAACACAUGCCAGGCAGAAGCCCCAUGUGUGUGAAGCAGACAGGACAGGGUUCAAGUUUAGUACAAACCUUUGCCAGCAACAGGUGCAGAAGAAUGAGGACAAGCCUACCAGAAGGGAGGAGGGCAGGGCCUUUCCUGGAAAGACCUGCACAGACCACACAUCAGAGAAACUUUUGAUGUGUGGGGUGGGCAGGGAGGACUUCGUGGUCGCAUCUGAUGUUGUGCAACAUCAGAUCACUCCCAAUGUGGAGGAGGCCCACAAAAAUUCUGAUGGUGUAUUAAAUUUUCCCAAUGCUAGGCAUACUCUCAAAGAUACAUCCACAUUUGUUCAACAGAGAGUCUACAGUGGUGAGAGGCUCUAUGAGUGCAGCAAGUGUGCAGUAGUCUUUAGCGAUGCCUCUAGCCUCAAGCAACAUCAAAAAGUUCACAAGGGAGGAAAACCUUAUGAGUGCUGCGAGUGUGGGAAAAUUUUUAGCAGGCAUUUCAGUCUUGUGGAACAUAAGAGAAUUCACACAGGUGAAAAACCAUAUGAGUGCAGUGAAUGUGGGAAAUUCUUUAGCCAACACUCCAGCCUUUUUCAACAUAAGAGGAUUCAUACUGGUAGGCGUGCUUAUGAGUGCAGGGAAUGUGGGAAAUUCUUCAUCUGCAACUCCAGCUUAAUUAAGCAUGGGAGAGUUCACACAGGAGAAAGACCUUAUAAGUGCAAGGAAUGUGGAAAAUCAUUUAGGCAGAUCUCCAAUCUCACCCAACACCAGAGAGUUCACACUGGAGAACAGCCUUUUGAGUGUAAUAAAUGUGGGAAAGUCUUCAGCCGAAGCUCUAAUCUCGUGAACCAUCAGAGAGUUCACACUGGUGAAAGGCCUUAUAAGUGCACUGAAUGUGGGAAGAUGUUCAGCCAAAUCUCCCACCUCAGGAUCCAUCAGAGACUCCACACUGGUGAACGGCCAUACCAGUGCAGUGAAUGUGGAAAAUACUUUAACCAGAGUUCCAGCCUUAAAGCCCAUCGGAGAUUUCACACUAAUGAACGGCCUUAUGCGUGCAGUGAAUGUGGGAAAACCUUCAAACAAAGCUCAAAUCUGAGGCAGCACCAGAUAGUUCAUAAACCAGACAGGCCUUAUAAGUGCAAUGAAUGUGGGAAAGCCUUCACCCAAAACUCCACCCUCAGCAACCAUCGCAGGCUUCAUACUGGUGAACGGCCUUAUGAGUGCAAAGAAUGUGGGAAAACCUUCAGACAAAGGUCAAAUCUGAGUGAGCACCAGAUAGUUCACAAACCAGACAGGCCAUAUAAGUGCAGUGAAUGUGGCAAAGCCUUCAGCCAAAAGCGCACCCUCAUUCAGCAUCAAAAAGUUCACACCAGAGAAAGAAAUGUAGAGAAUGUGCACCUGGCUUGUUGAACACAGCUGCAUGCAGCAGAAAAUGUCAGUGGCCUUCAUGAGGGAGUGUCAGCCAAACUGCGAAUCUCAUUCAUCCAUGUCACACUGGGGAGGUUCUCUAUGAAAGCUAUAUAUGGUGGAUGCUUUCAGGACAAAAGUCAUAUUUGUCCAUAUUAUCACUGUUAGAGUUUGGGACAGAAGCCAUCUCUGCUUGGCCCACUGGCAAGCCUCCAAAGCAUGUAUCAGCCACCGUGCCAUCUCAUAGAAAGCGGCCCUUUGUUCUCUUUCUAGUCCAUGAAUGGAACCUGAGUUUUUGAGGCCAUGGAAGGAUGUCAUUUCCCCUAUAUAUGACUAUUGUAGCUAUGGAUGGGACCUGGUUUUUGACCAUGAUGAUAUUUUCCUUUUUCAGGGACAUUCAGUGGUUUAAUAUGAUGGAUUUAUGUGACCUAACCCAAGUACCUAAAAUACAUUGGCUAGUUCAUGUUAUACUAGGAGCCUUACUGAUUAAAGCAUGUUUUAUCUUC